AUGAGACUAAAUUUUGUGAUUACCCUUUUGUACAUAAUUGGCUUCCUUUCCGCUGAGGCUAAUGCUGAUAAGAUAAACGUGAAUUAUGAUAUGAACACUGAUAAUGGCAUUGGCAUUGACGUUGACAUUGAUGUUGACAUUGAUGUUGACAUUGGUGUUGACAUUGACAGUAAUGAAGGCAGCUCUAUAUCAAAAGAAUAUUACCAUGAAAAUUACAACCUUAUAAACGAUUCAGUAUUUGAAUCCCUAACCAAAGGUACUGAAUUUUUAUCAGUAAAAUAUUCUCACGACGGUAUAAAUUUUAGUUCCAAGGGUUUGCAAAUGACAAUCAAAAAACCAUUUGAUAAUCCAUCUUUAGUUUCAACUGAAUAUAUUAUGUACGGUAAAGUUGAGGCUGAGAUUAAAGGAUCACAUGGUAGUGGGUUAGUGAGUUCAUUAUAUUUACAGAGCAAAGAUUUGGAUGAGAUUGAUAUUGCUGAAAUAUUAGGUAGUGAUCCAUACCGAUACCAAACAAACUUUUUCAUCAAGGGUAAUACCACAACGUAUGAUAGAGGUGACUUUCACAAUUUACCAAUACACCUGUCGCAUGACCAAUUCUACAAAUAUGGGUGCGAAUGGACUUUUGAAAAAAUAGUUUGGUUCUUGAAUGAUGUACCAGUACGAGAGUUGAUUAGGGGUAACAAACAUGGAAUGCCUACAUCACCAAUGAGAGUGAUCUUUAGUUUGUGGGCAGGAGAAGAUACGCAAAAUAAAGACACGAUUGCAUGGAGCGGUGGUCUUACUGAUUAUAGUAGAGGCCCUUUUACAAUGACUGUUAGAAAUUUGAGAGUUGAAAAUUACAUAGAUGAAUGA